UCCAAGGACAAACUCUGGCAAACCAUGGCUAUGUGGACCUCAGUCUUGUGGGGAUGAGUGGCAGUGUCAGUGUUGUGUGUCACACUGAUCUGGAAACAUGCUGCAGUGUUGCACAGGGUCCAUACAGAGGAGACUGGUACUUUCCUAAUGGAACACGGCUAUCAUUUGCUGGUGACAUCUAUGAGGGUCGUGGUCCUCAAAGAGUUAAUAUAUCGGGUCAUACAAGCAACGAAGGUGCAUCUGGUAUAUAUCGCUGUGAAAUACCAACAAAUGCAGUUCAUGAUGAAACUGAUAUCAUGAGUGUACGAGAUACAGUAUAUGUUGGACUCUAUCUCAAUGGAGAAGGUGAUAUCGCUGUAACUGAGAUCAAAACAAAUUUAGAAAUGGAUACUUGCAUUUCCCAACUCAUCCUCACCUGUAUCUCCACUGGUGGACCUGCUACCACUGUCACUUGGACCAGAGACUCCACUACUGUCACCCAAGGAACCCAGACUGUGUUGAAUGACCCAGUGACUGCACAGUACACCCACACUCUGACUGUGACUGGGACUCUGGGAGGAAACUACACAUGUACUGUGUCCAAUAACAAGCCAUCCAGUAAAUCAUCGAGUAUCACAGUUAGCGUUCCAUCACCCCCAACUAAUCUGACCCUGGAGCAAAAUAAUGAGACAAGCAUCAAUGCAUCAUGGAGUCCACCUCCCCAGUCUGCAAACAUUACUGGAUACAGAGUGUUCUGGACUCAGUGUGCCUCCUCUGACUGUAUCAACCAACAGUGAUUAAUUCCUCGACAGUUGAAACACUACAGGCUUGAUGGCAGGGCAGUGCUACAGUGUUUCUGUGGUUAGUGUCUCAUGUCUCCCAAGCAAUACUGCAACCCGCAAUAUAACUUUAGGUAAUUUUCUUCCUUGUUGCUAAAAGUUUCUGUCUCACAAAUUAUAUAUUCUCUAUUAAAGUUACUCAUCCAGAUAGUUUCAACAUUGAUGUGGCAUCUACUAGCCAUGGUUUCUCACUGAUGAUAAACCUUAGUAACUAUGUAGAAAACGGGAUCUAUCGUAUUAUGACCAAUGUGACUUGGUUGAGAUUUUUGCACUGUAACAAUGGCCUCGGAAGCUCUAAUGUGACUGACCAGACAUAUGAUGUGAAUCCAAUGAAUCUAAGCAUUACUGGAUUAGUUCCUAACAGUGAAUACAAUAUGACAGUGGUGGUAAGUAAUGCUCUGGGAAGCAGAACAGAGAGUUUUUCUAAUCAGACUCAGCCAGCAGGUACAGUCAUUAACCCCUAUGAAGCAAACGUUUACACAUGUAUUAUUCUGCAGCACCAUCUGCCCCACCACAAGACAUAGUGGCAGUCAACCAGACCCUCUUCACCAUCACCAUCAGUUGGCAGCCUGUUGACUGUGCCCAUCAGAAUGGGAAUAUAACAGGAUAUGAAAUACGAUAUAGGAAAAAAGACGGUGGAAAUACCGAAGCAAUGUCGGACAUAAUGGGUGCACAUUAUACCCUAACUGACUUGCAGCCAUCAACUGCAUACUUGAUUCAAGUGGCAGCAAACAACACAGCUGGCAGAGGAGUUUUUGGAAACAUAUCAGCAUCAACCCUAUUUGAAGUUCAUGUGAUAUCAACAACUUCAACUUCCAUUAACAUAUCAUGGGCCGAAGUUGACUAUGAAGUCCUAAUCACAUGGAUCAGCACUCUAUCAAGCCAUUGUACACAAAAUAUCGAUCAAAGUUUAAAGAAUGAUUCUGUGAAUGGGAAAUCCUCUUAUGUGAUAGAUGGUCUGAAAGUAUUCACCGAGUAUAACAUCACACUUUGCAUAAAUGGCUCUAUCUGUACUUUCAAGACUGUAGUGACUAAUGCAACUGCACCAUCUGCACCUCCAAAAGGAAUGUCAUGGGAAGGAAGUUCAUCGACAAACAUCACCAUAAAAUGGGAUCCUGUGCCAUGUGCUGAUCGCAAUGGAAAUAUCACUAGUUAUGUGGUGAUGUUCAGAGAAAAUGGGAAGGAAAUGUUCCAUAAUGAAACUACUACUGGAGUUGAUAUGGAGUUCACUAUCACUGGGUUAGCACCAUCGACUGAGUAUGAGAUUAAAGUUGCUGCUUUCACUGUUGCUGUUGGACCGUUCACUAAUGAAAGCUUUUUUGCCAGCACCACAGCAGACACUAGAGAAGGUGGCAGUAAUGUUGGUGGAGUAGUGGCUAGUGUGAUAGUGUCUGUUCUGUUUUUUAUUGGAGCUACUCUGGGCAUCAUUGCUGCUAUCUGGCUAAUGAGAAGGAAAAAGUCAACUAUGAAGGGUCUUUUCUCAAUUGGUCACUUUAAAGUCACCCGCAAACAAAGCACCUUGCCACACUCUAGAGAUACACAAGAUAUUUCUCUGGAGCAGCUU